CACAAGCAAGAUGCCAGGUGGUGUAACAGUGAAAGACGUCAACCAGCAGGAGUUUGUCCGGGCGCUGGCAGCCUUCCUCAAAAAGUCGGGGAAGCUGAAGGUGCCAGAUUGGGUUGACAUUGUCAAACUUGCUAAGCAUAAGGAGUUGGCUCCCUGUGAUGAGAACUGGUUCUACAUCAGAGCUGCCUCCACAGUGCGUCACCUGUACCUGCGUGGAGGUGUUGGCGUGGGCUCUAUGACCAAGAUCUAUGGCGGGCGUAAGAGGAACGGUGUGUGCCCCUCUCACUUCAGCGUGGGCUCCAAAAAUGUUGCCCGUAAAGUACUCCAAGCCCUUGAGGGCCUCAAGAUGGUGGAGAAAGACCCCAAUGGCGGGCGUAGACUGACCCCCCAGGGGACCAGAGACCUGGACAGAAUUGCUGGGCAGGUUGCUGCUGCAAGCAAGAAAGUGUAAAAUAAACUUUUGUUGGAAACCA